AUGAACAGACAGAAAUCGAUCUCGCCACCGUUUCGACGCCAUUUGGAGAAUCUGCUGGCGGGCGGGGCCCGGGUCGUGUCCGUGACGGUCGAAUCCAAGGGGGUCAAGCUGGUUUCGGGCCUUACUGCCGCCAAAUCUACGCAAGAACGUACACCGGAUACUUCGCAAGACAGCAAGGACUGGCGAAAGAAUCACCGCAGCGUCUCCCCGCCUCGCUGCCAGAGGUCGGCCUGUAGAGGGCAACGGACUCUUUCCAGGGAACAGUACGAGGUGAGGAAGCAGGAGCUGAACCAAUGCGUCGCCAACCUGGACACGUCGGCUUCGGACGACUCGCGCACCGACGAGCUUUUCCCCUCGGCCCGCAUCUAUGACCCGAUGAACCCGACGCGCGGGGUUAGCCUUUGUGAUCUGCAGAGUGAGAUGAACGAUUCGUCGAGUGUGGGCUUUCCGGUCGCCAGCUCCACCAAGAUCCAUGACGACGAAGACUCGUCAUCAAAUCGGCAGCUGAGCACGGUGCUCUCGCGCGACUCCAUCUUCACCAUCACCGAAUACGAAGCGUAUUAUCAAAAUCGCCGU